UGUAAUCGUUCCAUAUGUUUGGGCGGCUGAAACAGGACCGGGGCUCUCCAUGACGCUUGAAGCCGCUGUGGCUCAUAGGAUCUCCAGUCCGCCAUUUUAGUAGCAGUGCCAUGAACAACCGGCGGACUGUUUUGUGUGAGUACUGGCUGCGAAGUGGGUAUUGUCGCAACGGGAGCAGGUGCAACUUCGCACAUGGAGCUACACAGCUCCGCCGCCCGGAAAUGAAGGGUGCCCAUCCCGAGGACGUGCAGCUUCGAAAGGCGAUCAGUGGAGAAACCGCGCCACCAGCGAGGCUCCUCGAAUGGCGCGAGCAGCUUGCUUCACUUCCACCAGGCAGGCAGUUGAGCUUCGAAGGUUUGCGUCCAACAGAACGAUAUGCACUGCACCAGUUGGCCAAUGAGCUCCAGUUGACGCACAUGUCAACCGGAGUUGGGGACCAGCGGCGGCUCCACAUUUUGAAGCUUGCGCCAGAACAGGAAAGUCCCAAAGCCGAAGAAGCAAAACGGCGUCCAUCCAGGGCUGAGCAAAAGCGGCGCAAGAAGGAACGAAUGAAAUCAACAGUUUCCAUCCAGACUCGCCUGCAGCCGACGAAGCCUGAAGACGGCAUUGACGAAGGGGAGGCCGAGUUUGAUGCAAUGAUGCAAGAGUUGCAUGUGGGCUGACGGCAUUGUCGGGUCACAUCUUCCGACAUCUUCAAUGGAGAGUUGACGGAAGGCAGCCUGCAGUGGAAGGGGGUGAUGUUCUUCCUUGGUCCGGAGCCUGACAAAAGGCGGCUCGAAUAUCAGACUCACGAGACAUGUGCCCAGUACGGGUAUCAGAGGUGCAGUGUAGUGGGCCCAGCCAACCUCAAAACAACGGCUGUGGAAGUCCUUUGAUGGUGC